CUCCCGCCGGCUCCGGAGCGCUCCUUCCCGGCCAGCCUCCAGCUGUGAGCCGCCGUGCUUCCUCCGUGUCUCCGUGGGGCCUCCCGUCGUCUCCUCCCGGUGGAAGAUGCUUCUCCUUCCCGCCGCUCUGCUCCUGUGCGCGGCCGCCCCGGUGUCCGCCGCCGCCUCCCGGACCGGACCCAAAGUCACGGACAAGGUGUUUUUCGACAUCACAGUUGCGGGUCACGAGGUCGGACGCAUCGUCAUUGGUUUGUUCGGGGAAGUCGUCCCGCUCACCGUCAACAACUUUGUUGCCUUGGCAACCGGAGAGAAAGGUUAUGGCUACAAAGGCACAAAGUUCCACCGAGUCAUUAAGGAUUUUAUGAUCCAGGGAGGAGAUUUCACAGCUGGAGACGGAACCGGAGGUCACAGUAUUUAUGGGACAACAUUUGCAGAUGAAAACUUUAAACUGAAGCAUCUCGGAGCUGGAUGGGUGAGCAUGGCCAACGCCGGCCCAGACACCAACGGAUCGCAGUUCUUCAUCCUCGCCGCCCGGGCGCCGUGGCUCGACGGGAAACACGUGGUUUUUGGGAAAGUCCUGGACGGAAUGUCCGUCGUCCACACCAUCGAGCUCCAGGACACCAACGACAGAAACCUGCCCAACACCGAGUGUGUGAUCGUCAACAGCGGCCGCAUCGCUGUCAAGGAACCCUUCAUGGUGGAGGUGGAGGGUUGGUAGAAAAAAAACAAAAAACAAACAAACGCAGGAGAAGAAGAAACUAUGGUUACAAUAUGACACAGAUCAGUCAGAAGUCCAUCAGGAAAGACGACUCAGACACUUUUAUUUAGCACUCAAACAAGUCAAUGAUAAUAAUAAUAAUAAUAAUAAUAAUAAUAAUAUGAUUUUAUUAAGUACCAGCUGUGCUGCCAUUACAGGAUAGUAUCAAGUACUAAAAUAAACUAAAACAGGAGUUUAAGUUUUUGUAAAGUGUUAGCGUUUCUGUCUUAAAUGACCUCUGGAGACAAAAUAACUAAAAACAAAAUAAUCAUAAUAAUUUGUCGUGCUAUUCUUUUCAAUUGUUCGUCAUUUGUUGAGAAUAUUUUUGACUGUUACUAAAGUCUAGUUAUAUUAACACUAUUUAGGUUUUAGGUUCAAAUAAAUCCUGAUAUUUAAUACACUGCACUGGCACUACCGUAGCUACGCCUUCUUAUGCUAAAAUGCUAACACACUAAUCACUACCUGAUCUGUACCAGAAACAUGAUUUACUCCACCCGUGAUAAUACUAAUUCAUAUCACUAGUAUUUAAGUAAAUUUUAGCAGAAAAUCGAUAUAAACCUCACCUUUGGUUGUAUUAACAUUUUUACAAACUAUAGGGUUAUAUUUUAAAUCAAACACAACAAUAGCUAGCCACCUAACAGCAGCUAGUAUUCACUAGCGAGAUAACAGAAGUGAAUAGUAUCAAAGUAAUAGAGGCUAAUGUAGGCUAGUGAGAUAACAGCAGAUAAGGCUAGCUAGCAAGCUCACAAUAGCUAAUAUUAGCUCGGAACCUAACAGCAGCUAACAUUGUCUAAUGAGCUACCAGUAGCUAGCAUUAUUAACAACCUAAGAAAAAUAGAAAUUACAAAAUAAGUGACAGUAAAAUCCUAAAAGAUUCAGGGAUAUUGAUAAACAUUUAUUUUUAGAUCUUUUUAAAUUUAGCUAAUCUGUAUUCAUUAGCCUCAUUUAUGAGACACAAAAGAAAAUAUGUAUUUAUUUGAUAAGAUUAGUUGAAACCUUGAAUUUCGUAGCUAACAUUAGUGAGCGAGCUAAGCAAAAUGGAAACUACAAAUGACAGUAGAUUCUGGGAUUUUGCUAAACAUUUAUUUCUAGACCCUGUUUUUGAAAUUUAUAAAUAAUAUUUAGCUAAUCUGCAUUCAUUCAGCAUCAUUUAUAAGACUCAAAAGAAAAAUGUGUAUUUAUAUGACAAGAUUAAUUGAAACCUUGUAUUUCAUCAUCAGGAGAACUGAAUAUUAAUUUAAUUAAAUAUAGAACUUUAUUUAAAAAUACUGGUGACAGUAAGUAGUAUUUUCACAGAUAUAGAAUAACUUAGCACAGAUUGAGUGUUUUAGCAACGGAAAACUUAUUUAGGGCCACGUUAAAGGCUUCGUUCCUGUAAAGUUUUGUAUAAUAAAUGAGUUAAGGUUUUAUUAUUAUUAUUAUUAUUAUUAUUAUUAUUAUUAUUAUUAUUGGCUGACAAACAUUUUGCGUCUUUAAUAAAACCCACUAAAGGACUUCUGAUUGAUCUCGACUGUAUGCAGAUGAAAACUAAUAUAAGUAACAGAUAUUUUACGUAUUUAUCAAGAGAACAUAUCAACUAACAGAUGUGAAACAGUUGUAAUGUGUCAGAGACAUGACCACUAACAGGAACACCGAUGAAAUUAACAUGAAUCUGUGGUAAAUUAACAUGUGUUAGCCUAAUGACGCUACCUGGGUUUAACGACCGAACGUUCGACUCCUCAUGGACGUAAAACAGUGGAUAAUAUUUCUGUUCUUCCAAUGACCUUUUACGUCGGAUAAAGACGUUAAUUGGUCACUUCUCAAUGUUGUAGCAAAAACAUAUUUAAAGUAACGGUUUAUUUUUGUCUCCAGGGAAUCAUCAGCCUUAACAUUUGCGUAGCAGUUAGCGCAAAUAUGAACAAAAUACAGUAUUUAUCUGAAUUUACCAUUUAGACAAUAAACAUUAACACUCAUUUACAAUAAGAAAACACCAUUACAUGUAAAACACACGUCCAUAAAUCUUCCAUUUAUUCACGUUAACCUCAUUUAUAGGGUUCACUGUGCUCAUGCUAACGUUUCUUAUAUUUAUAUCACGGUGACAGUUUUUAUCGUCUACACCUGGACAAUAAAUAAACAGGUAAAUUUACAUCAUCAGGCACAAACCGGACGUGAAUUUCUCAUUUGCGUCUAUGCUGUCAGAUAUAUAUCGUGAAAACUUGCACUGAGAUAAAAAUAUGUAGCUCAUCAUUCGUCUCUUGUUGCCAAAUUAUUCCUCAUUGGCCAAAUUUUCUUGCACUUCCUAUGCAUCUAAUACUUUAAUAUCCUCAUUUCAGUAAGAAAAUAAAAUAUGCAAA